CAACAACAACAACAUCUGAACAUGAGGAAGCUUUAUUGUAUUCCUGUUUGCAACUGGAUUCGGCCACUGCUGCUAGUGGCCACUGUGCUGCUGCUGGUGAAUGGCGAACAGAAGGCGGAGGAACACAGAAUUCAACGUCGCUUCAUGUGGCAGCAGAUGGAUAAUUCGGUUAUGGGCGGCCUCAUGGGUCGCAUCUUCAAGGGACCCACGCGUGCCAUGAAAUCCAUGUUUGGCGAUCUGCUGCCCAGCACAGCGGGCUAUGCCCAGAACAUGAUGGACUUUCUGCCCACGGAGACGACGCGUGUGAAGUACAUAAUACGCGAUCCGCACACCAACAAGCCCAUGAAGAUAAUCAAGAUGCGUGGCUCGCACAAAAAGCUGGUUAAGAUGUUGAGGCCGCUGCCGAAGCCAUCAGUCACUGAGCCCACCAUGCUGAACUAUGAGAAUCGCAUGCGGCAGCUGGAGAAGGAGCAGGAGCUGAUUGUGGAGGGCAAACUUCCGAUGACCAGUGAUGAGGCGCUUUUGGAUAAAUACUUUAAGCCGCAAAAGUCGAAGCCCAACAGCAAUGAGAUUGUCUCGGGCAAAAUUAUGGAAUACCAAAGCUGGAAGCCCGUUUACAAGUCCGGCGAACAUCCCAGCUCCUUUGUGACAAUGCGUCCGCAGCCACUGACGAGAUUGCACACAAGCAUUGCCGCCAGCCAUGAGAAUUAUGGCAAUCAUGAGUUGCUGCCGAAGCCCGAGAAACUGGUUUCGCAUCGCCCCCAUGCCGAGGAGCAUGAUGAGGAGGAGGAUGAUGAUUUCGAGCAGGUCGAGGAUGAGAAUGAACUGCCCAAGCACAAAGGACAUCAGUAUGAGGUAACCGAGCAUACGGGUGAGGCGAGUGGCGAACUCCAUGCCUUGGCGCCCAUGGAGAGCGGCUUUGUGCCCUCGCAUUUGUAUGAGAGUCCUGCCAGCAAUCCCAGUAAUCCGGCGCCACGUCCGCGCAGUCGAUAUGUUCAUAAUCCUGGCUCAACCAGCCACACACCCACAGCAAACACGGUGAUAACAAGCACAACCACCGAGGCGCCCAACUAUCCGCCAGGCUUCCUCAAAAAGUUUCGGGAACGUGAGCAGACGAAAGCCAAUAACGGCAAAUCCCGAUCAAAGCAUCAGCAUCACAAUCACAAUCACCAUCAAAGGGAGCAGCAGAUCGUCUACAAAGAGUCCGCCUCGGACAUCAGUCCGGGCUACAAUGUCAGCUUUGCCAUGAGCAGCCUGCGGGCACGCCUCCAGGAGCAGCAGCGUCAGAGUAAGCAGGAGGAGCAGAAUGCCGAAAUGGAGGCGGCACUCGUCGAUGCCAUGAACGGGGAUAAAUGGCCAACGGAGGUGGAGGCCAGCGGCAGUUACCUGACCAGCCCGAUUGGACCCAGUGCUGUGGCCUUUGAGCAGCCAAUAAGGACGCCGCCACGCACCGAGUACAAGAGACAGCGAAAGGAUGUGAGACAACGGGGCUCCAUUAAGUUUGGCGACAACCCCACUCAUGAGGAUGUGAUGUAGCCGCUGAGUCUUAGCAGUAACCAAAGCAUAGCCAAAGCUUCAGUUAAGCCUUUUAAUUGCCUAGUUGUUAACAUAGUUUUAAAUGUUGUAAAACUAAAAGUAAAAGUAAAAGCAAGAGUUAAAUAUUUUUCCACACACAAAGUACGCGUGUA